UUUAAGGUUAACAUUAUAAAAAUGGUUAUGGAAUAUCGAAUCGAAUAGUCCUUAUGUUUUAAAAAACAAGCUAAAUAAGCAGCAUAAAUUUUGAUAUUGCAGUCGAUCUUAUCAAAUAUACAACUUUAAAAUCGCCUUUAAUUAAUAAUCUGUGAUACAUAAUUUAGGAGUUAAGUUUUGACUAUACAGUGCUGAAUUAUUUACUUACUGUUUAAACAUACGGUAUGUCUGACGAGGAUGACCAAGUAGAAGAAAAACCCUUUGCAAUAGAAAGGGCUAAACAGGGCCGUGCUUUGUGUAAAAAAUGCAAAAAACAUUGUUUACAAGGGGAAUGGCGCAUCGCAAAGUUAGUACCGAACCCUUUUGGAGAUGGAAAAAUGAAAUCCUGGCAUCAUAUCGACUGUCUGUUUGAACAAUUUUUAAAGCAGCGCAAAACAACUAAACGUAUCGAAGAUCCAGAAGAAAUUGAUGGAUGGGAUGCCUUAGAUAAAGAUUUGCAAGAUAAUAUCCUGAAGCAGAUUGAAGAAUGUGAUAAAUUUCAUGGUAAAGCACCAACAACUCCCAGUAAAAAGAAAAAAACUCAAGCUUCUCCUACUAAACCAUCUGCUGUGGAUUCAAAUAAAGAAAAAGAUAAACAUGUCAAGAAUGAGGUAGUAAGUGAUAAAAAAGAGUUAUUUAAGGAUUUUAGGAAGUUGGUACUUGAUAUUGCGAUGCAUGAUAGUCAUCUGGAUAAAACAAGUUGCAUAAAAAAAGUAUUUUCUGAGAAGUUUCCUGAUUCUUCUUUUAAAGAUCAAAUAAUACUUUGGAGCAGAUUACUAUUACCUGGCGUAGUACAACGAGUAUAUAAUUUAAAAAGUAAGCAGCUCAUUAAGUUAUUUAGUAGGAUUUUCGUAACAGAUCAAAGUGAUAUGUUAGAACAUCUGGAAUUAGGUGAUAUUGGUGAAACUAUUCACAAAUUUUUUGAAGAAAGUAACAAGGUGAAACCAAACAAAAAAAGUAAGCUAACAGUUAAAGAAGUAGAUGUGUUUUUAACUAGGUUAUCUACUCUUACCAAAGAAGAUGAUCAAAUAGAGCAUUUUAAAUCUUUGAUUCCAAAAUGCACAUCAAAUGAUCUUAAAAUGAUCAUAAGGCUAAUUAAAGGUGACUUACGAAUGGGCGCUGGUGCUAAAACUGUUUUAGAUGCUGUUCAUGUUGAUGCUUAUCAAUCUUACCAAACUUCAAGAGAUUUGGCUCUUGUUAUAAAUGAAUUCAUGUCUAACAGUAAAAAACACAAAGCAGAUGUUGUGCUGAUGACACCUGUUUUACCAAUGCUUGCAGAAGCUUGUAAAUCUGUAGAACAAGCUAUAAAUAAGUGUCCAAAUGGGAUGUACUCAGAGAUUAAGUAUGAUGGGGAAAGAGUCCAAGUCCACAAACAAGGAUCAACAUUCAAAUACUUUUCUAGAUCUCUUAAACCUGUUUUAGCACACAAAAUUGCGCAUUUCAAAGAGUAUAUUCCUAAAGCAUUUCCAAAUGCCAAUGAUUUAAUUCUAGAUAGUGAGAUACUUAUGAUGGAUACUGUGAGUGGAAAUCCUCUACCUUUUGGAACCUUAGGAGUUCACAAACAGACUGAGUUCAAAGAUGCCACUGUGUGCCUUUUUGUUUUUGACUGCAUUUAUUUUAAUGGAAGAAGUUUGAUCAAACAACCACUCACUGAGAGGAAGAAAAUUUUACAGGACAAUAUGAUUGAAAUACCAAAUCGUAUAAUGUUUUCUGAAAUGCAGAAGAUUCACAACAAAAGUGAGUUAGCAAAGAUGAUUGCUAAAGUUUUAAAACAAGGACUGGAAGGAUUAGUUUUGAAAGAUUUACAGAGUAUAUAUGAACCAGGAAAGAGGCACUGGCUAAAAGUUAAAAAGGAUUAUUUAUUUGGAGGUGCUAUGGCUGAUAGUGCAGAUUUAAUAGUAUUAGGAGCUUGGUAUGGGACAGGAAAGAAAGGAGGUAUGAUGUCUGUAUUUCUUAUGGGCUGUUAUAAUCCUGAUGCUGAUAUUUUUUGUACUGUAACAAAAGUUCACACAGGUCAUGAUGAUAAAACCUUAGAAAAGUUACAAAACGAGUUAGAUAUGAUUAAGAUAAGUCAGGACCAAUCGAAAGUUCCUAAAUGGUUAAAAUGUACAAAAACAAUGAUUCCAGAUUUUGUAGCUAGAGAUCCCAGAAAGCAACCAGUUUGGGAAAUUACUGGUGCUGAAUUUUCGAAAAAUGUUGUUCAUACAGCAAAUGGCAUUUCAAUCCGUUUUCCUAGAGUUACAAAAAUACGAGAUGACAAGGAUCAUCAGACUGCGACCAAUUUACAUGAGCUGGUUAAGCUGUAUAAUGCUUCUGCAGAAAAUAUAGAUAUCAGCUUAUUAACCAAAGAUAUGGAUAGUUCUCAAAACGACAAACCUGCUGAAUCACCAAAAAAGAGAAAAAACACAGACAGUAGUGAAAAAACUCCUAAUAAGAAACAGAAGACUAUUGAAAAGAGAGAGAAGACUGGCAAACAAGAGAAAAUUCCAAAGCAAGAGAGUAAUUCUGCAAAGAAAGCUAAUAAAAAUAAAACAACUAUUUUCAAGGGAGUAAAAGCGGUUUUAGAAGAUGAAAUGAAGAAAGAUGAUCAUGCUGACAUUGUUAAACAUUUCAUCGAUCACGGAGGGGAGAUUCUAUUAGAUGAAGAACAAAAAGUAGCAACACACGUUUUGCAUUAUUACAAUCUAAUCAGAGAACCGUUGGUGGUAUGCCCGUACACUGCUAGACAUGUAACCUUUGAAUGGAUUGAAGAUUCAAUAGAGGCGGGGUCUUUGUGUGACUAUCGCAUGUACACAGUGAGGUGGAACCCUGAUGGAUGAAAAUCUGGUUAAUCAUAGGACCUAUUCAAAGUUUGUUAAUAGCGGUAGAUCUGUGAUCUCAUAUAUUUGAAAGUACUUUAUAUCUAUUUUUGUAUUCUUCUUAAAACCUCAGUAUUAUCAGUAAUCAUUUAUAAUUCCACAUUUCACCUUUUGGGCUUUUGUAUACGCUGUGCUGAAUUGCUAUGUAAAAAUCAUCAAAAACAAGUAACAAUUCAGCAGUUUGAUUUUACUUUUUAUGACAAAGUAAUUUGUAUCGAACAAUUUAACUGUUAUUGCCGUUUUUGAUCCUCUAUUCGAUUCUUAUUGAGUUGUAUUAUUGUUUCUAAGUAUAGUACAUCGAAAGUUGAGUUAAACAUUGACUUUGAAUCACCAAGAACAAGGUGUGAUUAGUUUACUUCUACUAUGUGUUUUGCAAACAGUUGUCGACUUUUGUUAUGAAGAAAAAAUUAAACAUUUUCAAUUCUCUUUAAGUAAGAUGGUUAAUACUUAAGUGUUUUCUUACUGGAAAGUAGUAUUGGUUCGGAAAGUAGUAAAUUGGCUGCGAUUCUGUGGCUUUAUGUAGGAAAUUUCCCACCAGUCUUCAUUUAGUCUGCUCAACGAGUUCGAGAUCUUCCCUAGGUCUUCGGCUUUCUACCUUACUUUUUACUAUCUUAUAGUUCCAUAGUCUCCUUUCUUUUGGUUAUAUGGUUGAAGUAAUUUACAUAAUUGACAGGUUGGUUCUGUUCUGUUCUAGAAUUCUUCUGUAGGCCCACAUUUCGAAGUCAUCAAUUUUGAUUUUACCCACAAAUACCAAUAAUUUCUAACAGCUAAUUUGUGGUUCUUUUUCUUAGCACUUCAAUAUAGAUUUUGACAUGGUUUUGGAUAUUGUUGUCUUAUCUCAUUGUUUGUGUUCUUAAUUUUUAUUCACUUGAUACUAGUUUUAGUAAAAUAUUUAAAGGAAUCGUUGACAAAGAUUCAAUCAUAUUUUUGACCAUUUAAAUUAUUAUAGAGAUAUGUUGCUAGGAAGACAACUGAGGCGUUUGUCGCAUCGUCAUUGAUAAUGUCUUGCGCAGAUCAAAACCCGCAGUAAGAAGUAAUUCCAGACCACUUGUUAUCGUGGAAAUCAUUGUAUCGUUACCGAUUUCAUUUUUGAAAGCGGUCCCUUCUUGUAUAGUUUUCGUCAUUUUCCUUGUACAAGGGUGAACCAAUUUAUGUCUUGCUUGAACAAAAUCCUAGUGGUUUUAUAUUCGAUUGUGCUAAAAAAAUAUAUAUUUGAACACUUUUUUCAUCAUUUUUAUUAAGUUGAAGACAAUUUUUAUGUUAUAUCUGAAUCCAAUAAAAUAGAUUUAAGGUUUUAAUAUAUAUUUAUUAUUUUAAAAGAAUAAAACACUAUGUUCAGCAAUUUUUUUUACAUUAAAUGUACUUUUAUAUAUUGUAACAGAUUUACGUGAAUACUAUUGUAAAUAAUAUAUUGUUACAUAUUGUUAUAAAAAAUAUAUUUAUUAA